AUGUAUUAUAGUAACAGCUAAUCCUCAUUAAUCAAAUCUCCUUAUGGUUAGAUAAUCACAAAAACUCCACUUACUAGAUAGAAUAGACCAUAAGAGAAAAUUAAUGAUUAAUCAAUUAUGUCUCAAUAUCAAUCCCCUACAUUGCGAUAAGCUAUGUCACCAAAAGCAGCCAGAGAAUACUUAAAUAGUUUAAAAACCUUUAUCAAUCACUAUGAAACAAAACCAAUCAAUGAAAGUAGAAUUACUUCUCAAUCUAAUCAUUAAUCUAACUAAUAAUAACCUUAUUUAUAUUUUCCUAUUGCAAAUAGAUUAAAUGAUGAAAUCAAAUUGAUGACUCCUUAAAGAAUUGAAGUCAAGAAAAUAAAUUAAGAUGGAACUGUGCAUUCCUUAAAAUAUUAUUAUUUGAAAUAACCAGUUUUUAGUAGUUCAAAUGAUGUUAUUACAUCAAAACUAACUACCAUAAUUGGAUUUAAUAAUAGUGGAAAAUAAAAAUUGUUUAUAGAACUCAUUAAAAAACUUAUGCCUAAAUAUUUUAAAUUAUCUAUCCAAACAGAUCUAGGAGAUAAAUAAAUUAAUGUUUAAAUCAAUGAUGAUUUUAAAUCAACUAUUAAAACACUAAAAGCAGCUUCAAAGAAUUAUUAAUUAAUUGCCUAAAGUGAUUAAAAUGUUAUUGUAUGUCGAGGAUAAUAGGGAUUUAUUAAAGAUAAUAAAGAUAAAGGCAUUCUUAUUUUAUGUAUUAAACCAGGAAAAGAAACAAAAUAGAAUUGUGUCUAAACUCUUAAAUUGAUAGAAAAUAUAUAAAAAAAUUGA